UUUAAAUGAGAAGGCAAUAAAGACGUAGUUUUGUUUUAGGUCAUAGGUCAUCCAGUUCCGCGUGCUAGGCAACGAAAGGUUUGCCUCCGAAGUGAAUCGAUAAUUUCUUCAAUAAUUCAUUCAAUACUGAAGUAAUUCGCAAAUACAGGACGGGGGCUCACUCGAGCUGUAGGAGCUACUGUUUAGGAUGGCGUGUUCAGGAAUUAACGAGCAUAAUGAGGCGAGGAGAAAAGACAUACACGUCGGGAGAAAUGCAUAUUUACGAAUGAUGAUGACGAAGAAUGCCGAUCAGGGACUCGAUGGCUGUCAAUUCAUGCAGCAGCCCAACCAGAGCUCUUAUGAAAAUGAGGUGCAACUCCGAAAGCUGGGCAGUCCUCCUGGCAUAGGUCAUGACCCUUUAUCUACAGACAGGCAAAGGCGAGAAGAUUUGAGACAACAACAAAUUGUAGACUAUUCUGCUAAACUGCCCAAUAGACUCAAUUCAAUAGAUUACAAAAAGCAGUGGUGAGGGCAGACUGAAAACUUAUGGAACAACAUUCUUAUGGUGGAAAACUGGACGUGAUCACGGAACAAUCUCACAGUGGUUAUAUACAGCGAACAUCAAACGAAAUACCAGAUGUCGUCUUUAUUUUUGGAUAUUGUCUAAUUAUUAAUGUUUUAUCUCUCACAUGUUUUUUGGUAAAUUUUCUAAAUAAAUAAAAAAUGCCCCCAAAAUGAUAUUUUACACAAAGCGUUUACUUUUGUUUAAUUAUGACAGUUGGGAUUUCUUCAGAGAAUGAUUUUAUAAGCUAAUGAACCUAUAGUUUACACAAAGUAUUUGAUUUUGUUUAAUUCAUGAUGAAAUGGGAUUUCUUUUUGGAAUGCUUUUAGAAGUUGCAUUUAAUGAACCUAUAAAAUCAGUAUUUGUAUGCAGAUAAGAUUUGAUUUCGAAUUCGCUUUUUCAUUUUUCUGUAUUUUAUGAAUGAUAUGUUUUUUAACAUCCGGGAAUGCAAUCAUGUAUCACGAUGUAUCAUCAUUUCCAUCGUUUUGUGCUGAAAUGUACGUUUUGUGAUCUCAUUAUAAAAUCAAGUUCACAUAUCCAGAUUUGAGCAUGUUUUUUAGCUAACAAAAUCUACUCUUCCUAUCUGCACAAAUUAUUUACACGGAACGGACACCCAUUUUAUUUGUUGAUGAAAAUAUCCUAAGGAACCAUAUUGCACUAGUAAUUUUGUAUGUAUCCAUAAAAUUUGAAGGAAAAACAGCCUUUUUGGACAGUAAUUUCAAAAUUUCAAAUUGGAAUUUUUUGUUUUCAUUUUAAUAGCCAAUUAAAGGAAACAUUCUAUACCUAUUCAGAAGCUAUCGAUUAUGGUAAAAAUGUCUUAAUGGUGAUUUUUUUUAGAAAUUUUAGUACAUGAACUAUAAUUCAAAAGUUGUAUGUAUUAAGCUGAAUAGGCACAACGUUUUAAAAGGAAUGAUUUUCUUAGUGCAAACUACUAUCUCUAAAAGCAAGUACCUGGAUAGUUUUCAUAGAUUUAUUACAUUAUCAUGCCAGAUACAUUCCUACUGUGAUUAAAACAUUAUACCAGUGCACGAUCAUGGUAUUGUGAUAUAUAUAUAUAUAUAUUUAUUCACUUUGUAAUUUUUCUUUCACUUGUUAUAUAUAUUAUUUUUGUUUAUUUAUUAUAAUUACCUAUCAGUAUUAUUGUAAACUGUAUGCAUGCCUAGAUUUUUUUUUUCAAAACUCCUGAUUUAAUCAGAAUGGUAAAACUUGCCCAUGCCCAAAGUAUUUGGUUUGCGUUGCCUUUCACUAGUGAAUGGAAAUUACUGGGUAUUUCUUUGGGAUUAAAAGAUUCUAUACUAAUUUUUAGAUAGGUGCAAAGGUUUGGUCCAAUUCAUAUUUUGUUGCCAUGCUAGCAGUAUUAUGUAGUAAGUAGCGUUGAUAAAGAUAUUUACAUUAAUUCUCAUCCUUGUUCAGGAUGUAUAUGCCUAAUGAUAAAAAAAGUUAUUACAAAGGAUGCAAGAGUAUUUCCAUAGACAAUAUAAGGAUUUAUUAAAUGACAGUUGCAUGUUUUUUUUUUUAAUUCUAUUAUCAAAUGAUGUUGUGUUUUUUUUUUGUUCAAUGUGUGUCAAUAAAUUGGUUUAUUGGUGAAA